CCCUCUGGCAGUUCACGCUUCGCCCGCGGUCCGCUUCGGAGAGGGGCGGCAGCGGAGGCAGGAGAGGAAGUGGAGGAGAAAGGAGGAAGGAGAAAGAAGGAGGAAGGAGGAGAAGGGAGGAAGGACAGAGCCGGAGGGAGGCAGCAGUUUGUCCCGGGCUCCGAUGGCAGGAAGUGGUGCCUCCUCCGACCGGACUAGGGAUGCUGAGCGGGGGGGAGGGAGGGCCUCUUCGAGCUGGGACAGCAGCUCCAGCAGCAGGGGGAGAACAGGCCGCCCUGCACUGCUUCCUCAGCUGCCUGCUGGGACUGAGCCACGUGCAGAGCUUCACCUCCCUGCCCAACUGUCUGCACCAGAUCGCGGAACUCUUCAUCAGCGAGAAGAACUAUGGGAAGGCCCUGCAGUUCAUCCAGGCGGAGAAGAUGUUCUACGAGGUGGCUCUGAUCGAACUAACAGGGCCCCAGGAGGAGGCCACGCUGGGCUCGGCCGGGUGGACCAGCGCCGAGGAGGUCCUGGACCAGGCGUCCCAGGCCCAGCAUCUGGAGCGGCUGGCCCAGCUCUGCAUCAUGAGCAAGAGACCCCAUCUUGCCCUGGAAUAUAGCGGGAAGGCCACCAAGAUCCACCAGAAGACCUUCGGCCACGACCACCCCAUCACGGCCCGGAGCCUGGAGCUGCUGGCCACCGUCUACGCUGAGAUCGGCAAGACUGAGUACUCAGACUCCCUGGGCCAGUGCGUCUCGGCGCUCUCCAAGCGCUUCGCCACGGCCGAGACAUUCAGGGACGCGGUCAGCAGCAUUCCCUAUUCACAUCGGGAGAAGCGCUCCGAGAUCCGCCACAGAAAAGACCACGUCCACCACAAGGAGGACCAUGAAGACAACAAGGUUCUGAGUGCAGUGAGAGUGCCCACCUCCAUAUUGAAGAAGACUAACUGCACCAGCUCCGACUCUGAGCCAACUCACCGACGGAAGGGGGAGCGGAGAGUUCGCUUCAGGGAGCCGGAGACGACUGUACACGACAUGCUAUUCUAUGACUGUUUAGGUGCCUAUGAGACGACUCCGGCCCGCCCCCACCUGGCUCUCUUCACCUGCCUGUUCCUGCUGAUGUCACUGCUGGGCGUGGCCAUGUACUGCACGGACCGGCGACGCCCACAGCGCAUGUGUGAGGAGCUGGAGGCCCGGCUGGCGGUCUACCUCCUGCACAUGAAGCAACUGGUCUGGGGCUGCUGGAUGUGGCUGACCGUGCAAUGACUGGGACCGAACACAGGGGGCGACACGGAGCACGGUGGAAACGUUUUUAGAAGUCAGUGAGAGUCCACACACCACUCAAAGCACUGUAGCUUUUGGGGGAAGACUGUUGUACGAUACACACUAUGAACGGUGAGGAGGGUAACUGCUCCCAGGGGGAGUGUAGGCAGAAAGGUAACAUGUGGAUUCCAUGCCUGUAUGAAUAUUUAACUAUGUAGUGGGUAUGCCACACUUUUUAAAUUGUGACGUUUUGCACAUCUGCAAUGUUGAAGCUCAUGUAAUGCUCACCAACUCGCAAAUAUUUUGAGUUUCCUUUUCUGGCACAAUACUCGUAUGCGGGCAAAUGUUUUGAUGGAAUGCAAAUAUUUAUUUGGGCAUUGGACUGUCAUAUAUACACCUGAUGUGAUGCAGAAGAAAAUGUGUAUAUAAUAUAUGGCCCAUCAUAAAGGACUAACACAAUAUACAGCAAUGUAACAAUACUUCACUGACUGUUGCCUCAUGGGCUGAGUUGGCUUCAAACGGACAGAAAAAACCUUGCAAAUAAGGCUGAUUAUAGCACAAAAUAAAUAAAAUUGAUUGGCAUUGAUUAAAGAAAACACACACACACAAAGUGCAUCACGGAGUGAGUCUGAAUGACUUUAAAGUAAUUAAAGACCAAGAAAGGUUAUUGACACUGCUUUCUAACCAAGCCUGUAUAAAGAUUGCCAAAUUGGGCUGAGGAGAAAAACGUUGCCUCACAAUUGAAUGUAUUCUGUGUUGUUGAUUACAGGUCCAGCGAAUUUUCUCUGCUGAGACGGUGUUUUGAUCUGCUUAUAAGGCACCAAUGACCUUCCCUCAAUGUUAUUUAUUAGUCUAAACUCUGUCAACAUCUACAACCAAUGUCCAGCUUAACAUAAUCACUGACGUUUUUGUUUUCUUCUUAGUUAAUAUUUAUAUUUGCCCCAAAAAAUUGAUAUUCAGGUUUUAAUCUUGAUGUCAAGGAUUCCUUCAUGUUUUGGAUAAUGUAGGGUAAGUGGCAUGGAGUAUUUUGAAUAGUACAUGGUACCUGAUGAAUUAUAGGAUAUGUACCAAUAGAGAAAGGUUUGCAAUUCUGGGGCCAAAAUGCAGGAAAAGGAAAGAAGAACAAGUUAUUUCAGUGUGAUCAUCCAUAAUCGCACACUCAUACCGUAUCCAGUCGGCCGACAAGAGAAAGGAACGGCAGACAUAUGACAUUCAACCUUCACUUUGAGGAAUAACACAUUUCACAGUUUUCAGUAAAACAUUGUUUUAUCCAACAGGUUUCAGGGAAAACAAAGGGAAGCAUUGUACUCUGAAAGUCUAGCAGUUGAAGCAACAGAAGGCUUAAGAGCAGAGGUCAACAGGAGAAAGGCUCCGUUCCGGUAGUACUGGCAAACACAAUUGCUAUUAGCAAUAAAACGCACCCAACUAGCUCCUGAACACACCUUUUGGUUGAGUAGCUGUGUUAUGGCAGUCCAAACGUAUAUGGUCACUUUGUAAAGUGUGCCUUUUUUAGGAGGUUUACUUAGUGCUUAACUUUUUUAUGAUUUGUUUUUGAUUGUUUUGAAUAAAACUGUCAUUACAUACCAAAGUCCACUGAACGGAAGACUUGGUCUUACCCCCGA